UUGAUGUUUGACAGCAGCUAGCUACCAUAGCUGUGUAGGUCGUUUAUGGUCACGUUAGAUCUCUAUGUAGAAAGCUUUAGUAAACAUUUUCUGAUGCGACGUAUACCUAAUUCACCUGAGUGACUAGACGAGGAGAAUAAUAUUAAAUUAUAUUUAGGUCAAAAUUGAAGGUCGUGACUUGUGUUAUCUAGAAAAACAUCAUAGCUUAGCUAACUAGCUUAGCAGGCAGACAUCUAAAUGAAUUGAGUUGACCCCCCCAAAGAGGAAAAUAUGCAUUUUGCGGAUUUCGUUGCUGGUUCCGUUGGAGGAGCCUUUGGAGUGGCUGUGGGGUAUCCUUUGGACACAGUGAAGGUGAGAAUACAGACACAAAGGAGAUUCACAGGAGUUUGGCAAUGUAUUCAUACUACAUGGAAGACAGAAGGGGCGAAUGGAUUCUACAGGGGCAUGUCCAUGCCAGUCACCACUGUGUCCAUCAGCUCCUCUGUAGUGUUUGGCGUCUACAGGAAUGUCCUGCAGUGUUUACAUCAACUACGAUCCACCUCCACAGGUUUGGAUUUUCUGCCAGCCAAAGUGGACUUCUUCUUGUCCGGGUUGUCAGGAGGUGUUGCCCAGGUAUCUGUGAUGGCACCAGCUGAUAUAGUAAAAGUACGGAUGCAGUGCCAGAUGGUACACCAAGGCUUGGAUGCUCAGCAACCCAAGUAUCGCGGCCCAAUGCACUGUCUGCUGACCAUCGCUCGUGAAGAGGGCUUCCUCGGACUGUACAAGGGAGCUGGUGCCCUCGCCCUGCGAGACGGCCCCUCCUUUGCCACCUACUUCACUAUUUACCACGUUAUCUGUGAGCAGUUAUCCCCACCUGGAAAGACCCAGCCAGAGUGGAACGUGGUUCUGCUUGCUGGUGGACUGUCAGGGAUGUGUGGCUGGUGCAUAGGGACACCCAUGGACGUGAUCAAAUCCCGUUUGCAGGUGGAUGGUAUGGGCAAGAGGAGAUACACAGGUUUCUUCCACUGCAUCGCACAGAGCAUACGCACUGAGGGGCCGGGCGUUCUCUUCAAAGGCCUGGGCCUCAAUUGCAUACGGGCCUUCCCUGUCAACAUGUCCGUGUUCGCCAUGUACGAGGUGGUUGUGCGCCUCCUCCGACCGAAAACUUGAAUUUAAAGGCUUGGGUUGUUCAUUAGGUGCCGAAUGGACUGAAAUAGGGAGGAACUACUGGUCUGAGAACAAAUUUGGACAUGAUGUGCACUAAUGAAUCCAACCUUAACUUUGAAGACUUGGGUGAUAGGAUUCUAUUUUAAUUAUGUUUCUCGUGCCAUUUUCCAUGACUAGAAUAACACUCAAUCCGUUGUGUUUAUGUUGUAUCACUAUUCACCAUUGCCUCAGUUGCUGCUAUGUGAUUUUUAUAUAGUGCCAUACUGCACUAUGAAGGGGAAACUCCAAUUCCUCAGUAAGAUUUAUUUGAAAUAUUCCUGCAUAGUAUUUCAAGGGAAAAUGUGAAUUGAAAAUGAAUACUGAGCUAAAACAGUUUAAUGUUAGUUCUCAGAUUGUUUAGCAAUAGGGCCUAAUAGUUGUCACACCUUUCAGGAAUAGUACUACAGAAACUUACUUCAUUAUUUUGACUUACCUACUUUUUACACAACAUUCCCUCACUGACCUUAGAACAUAACAGGGGUGUAUUUUACACCGCAGGAUCACUUGAUUUCAAUGGCUAGAACUGAAGCUGACGGACAAUGUGGCUUAGAAAAUAUGAAGUUUUUCUGAAUACUGUAUUAAUGAAAGUUACUUGUCGAUCAUUACCCAAAUAAUUAUCCCACUGUUCAUAUCGCUCCUGUCUCAGCUCGGAAACGAGCGUCUUUAAAAUAGGGCCACCAUCAAGCAAACUGCAGUAUACUGGGGGUCGGUCAUCAGUAUUUAGGAAUUGAUUAACUUCUGCCACAGGCUUUCACCUCACCUUCGGUAUGAAAGUGAGCAAAGCCUGGGAGCUGAGGCUAGGAAUUUAUCAACUUUGCUCAGAAAAUGUAAAUAUACAACUUUGCUUUGUUACUGGAUCCAAGCAGUAUCAAUUAUUUGUCCUUGACUUGGGACAGUAUUUUCAAUGGUAUUGUCUAAACUCCCAGUUCUCAAAAUACUGAGUCAUUCUCUGUAUACCACAUGUACUGAUGACCCUGUACUUGUGAUUUGGUGUUUGAGAAAAAACAAAGUAGCGCAUGUGAUUUUGGUGUGAGUGACACGUAUAAGGGAGUUUUAACACGCACAAACAUUUCAGCAGUGUAAAGUGAAAAAAUUAAAUAUAUAUAUUAUUUAAUGACUGAAUAAAAAUUCACAAGACAGACAUUAUUUUAUUCAUCCAAUGGUAUUGCUGUUAGCACAAACCAAAAUAAAACUUCCUUUGU